UUUCUAUAGUAACACAAAAGCAAAAGGGAAUCAAAGGGAGUUCAAGGAGACAGUGUCGUUGGAGGCAACAUGGAGAGUUCUUCUUGCAUCGUGGGAGUUAACAUUAAGCAAUGCCAUUAUUGUUUCCUGUUGGUAUCUCUUCUGAUGAUACUCUCUUUGGGUAACUCGGUAUCAUCUUCUUCGUCUCCGCCCACCAAGCGCUUCCACUUCAAUGUCGAGUGGAAGCAGGUGACGAGGCUGUGCCACACCAAGCCACUGUUGACGGUGAACGGACAAUACCCGGGUCCGACCAUCGCUGUGAGCGAAGGUGACAAAGUUGAGAUCAAAGUCACGAAUAGCAUCGCAGAGAACGCAACAAUCCACUGGCAUGGGGUGAGGCAGUACCGGACAGCAUGGGCCGACGGGCCAGCGUACAUAACGCAGUGCCCGAUUAAAGGAGGUCAGUCUUACACAUACCGGUUCAGGGUCGCGGACCAAAGGGGGACUCUCCUAUGGCAUUCCCAUUACACAUGGCAACGUGCCUCUGUCCAUGGCGCCUUCAUCAUCUAUCCCCGCUUGCCUUACCCUUUACCUUCUAAAAUCCAUGCCGAGAUCCCGAUCAUUUUCGGGGAAUGGUGGAAUGGGGAUGUGGAUGCUGUGGAAAGUGAGAUGAUGAAGUACGGCGGUGGCCCUAAUUCCUCCGACGCUUACACAAUCAAUGGCCUCCCUGGCCCUCUCUACCCUUGCUCUGCCAAAGACACAUUCAUCCAGACUGUGGAGAGGGGCAACACGUAUCUGCUUCGGAUCAUCAAUGCGGCACUGAACGAUGAGCUCUUCUUCGCGGUGGCGAACCACAACUUGAAGGUUGUGGAGGUUGACGCAGCCUACACGAAACCGUUCUCAACCCCGGCCAUAAUGAUAGCGCCAGGGCAGACCACCAACGUCCUCCUGACCACGGACCAAUCCCCCGACUCAUCGGGGAUGUUCCCGAUGGCCAUCACUCCCUACCUCACCUCUGUAUUCCCAUUUGACAACUCCACUUCUGUAGGAUUCCUGAAGUACAAUCUCAAGACCAAACCUAGCAGCACUCCUAGCCUUAAAGUUCCCAACCUUCCGAAAAUGUCCGACACCCCAUUCGCUACUCAAUUUGCCCAGAAAACUCGAAGCUUGGCAUCUCGUCAGUACCCGUGCCGGGUUCCAAAAUCAUUCGAUAAACGGGUCAUAGUCAUGGUCAGCUUGAACCUCCAGGAUUGCCCCCCUCACAUGACGUGCAAGGGCUACGAUGGGAAGCGAUUCUUCGCGUCCAUGAAUAACCAGUCCUUCGUGCGGCCUCUUACCACGUCAGUCCUCGAGCAACACUAUAAGAACCUGACCACGACUGUCCAGCUCUCAUCUGACUUCCCCGAGCAGCCUCCUAAGAAGUUUGACUUCACCGGGGUCGACCCAUUGACAGAGAACAUGAACACUGAGUUUGGCAGCAAGAUCCUGACUGUACCCUAUGGGACGAACCUCGAGAUCGUGCUCCAGGGCACGAGCUUCCUCAACACGGAAAACCACCCGAUCCACAUCCACGGCCACAACUUUUUCAUCGUCGGGCGGGGAUUUGGGAACUAUGAUCCGAACGUGGACCCUGCAGGUUACAACCUUGUGGACCCGCCCGAGAGGAACACGGUCCCCGUCCCCGCGGGUGGGUGGGCCGCGCUUCGCUUACGGGCCGACAACCCAGGGGUGUGGUUCAUACACUGUCACCUAGAAGAGCACACAUCAUGGGGGCUCGCUAUGGCCUUGGCCGUCCGCGAUGGGCCCGGCCCGGCCCAGAGUCUGCUGCCUCCUCCAGAUGAUCUUCCCUCAUGUGGAGAUCCGCAUGCUUAAUGAUAUUUCGAACUCUGAUUGGAUGGUUAGCUAAUAGGGGAAUAUGCAGUUUUGAGUGGUGAGAGGUAUUUUAUUUGGGAGAUUUGUUGGAGGCAGGGGACAUUCGAUGGCCAAUGACUAUUACAAUGUAAAAUUAGAGCAAGCUAGUUGUGAUAUCUAUGGCUUGUUUGUUGUAAGUAGUAAUAGUAAUAGUAGUAGUAAUCUAAUUUUUUACUACAAAUAAUGGGAGGCAAUUUUGUAAAAACCGAUGCUUCCGUAUCGGGUUUAAAGUACGAUGUUAUGAACUACAUAUGUACGCAUAGUGUGACGUGUUCAACGAUUCACCAUUACCUAGUACCAGGAUUGGAUACGACUGCUUAUGCCAUAGCAGUAUACAUGAA